CUUAUUAAGGCCUUUAAGAAGAAGCUCUAUCAUUGCUGUAAGGCUACAGAGAAACCCUUCCUUACUAAGCAACACAAGGCAGACCAGGUUCAGUGGGCAUGGGAGCACCUUGACUGGAGCGACGAUCAAUGGGCUGGUAUAGGCUGGAGCGACGAUAUGAGCGCCCAGGCUGGCCCUGGCGAAGUGUGGGUGACAAGGCGCGCUGAGGAGCGCUUCCUGCCUGCCUGCUGCGUUGCUAGAUUCAAGGGCUACUCUAGCUGCAUAGUGUGGGCGAUGAUAUUAAGGGAUAUGAAGGGCCCUCUGGUUUGUACGAAUAAGAAGCAGUUAAUUAACUCAGAAGUAUAUAUUAAGCACAUCCUGCCUCUAUACACAGGCAAGGAGCUAACCUUAAUAGAGGAUAACGCAUCUAUCUAUACAUUAAAGGCCACAAUAGCUGCUGAGCAGGCCCUAGGUAUCCCAAAGAUCUCAUGGCCAGCGAACUCACCUGACCUUAACCCUAUUAAGAACGUCUGGCAGAUCUUAAAA